AAAAAAAAACAAUAGCCUACAUUGUAAAUAAAGAAUAAUAAUUUCAUUACUUUAGAAUUUCUAAUGAUAAAAAUAAUCCUUCCUUUGUGGCAAUAAAAAAGACCUGCAAAUCAUAAAAUCAUGCAGUGUCCACUAUGACCACUGUCAUAGAAUAAAAAAGGAGAAAAAGUCCACCAGAAAGAGAUGCGAAUUGAAGUCAGUUUGCCAAAUUAUUGUCCUCAAAGAAAAAAGUAGCAAGUAUUUGACACUGGACAUAAAGAAUAAAAAGCAAAACAGUGUUGAUGUGCCACUACCCUGAAUCCCUGACUCGUGUUUAUUGCUGUCUUGUUUACAUGGCAUUGGAUUAAUCUGAUUAAAAUGAAAGUCAAUGCAACAUUCUUAGCAUUGUCUUGGGCAGCUUUUUAUCUGCAGCUAGAUUAUAAAAAAGCACAUUUCAUACAGCACCUUGAAACUUAAACUGUACACUGCAAAUAUUUUUUAUAUUACAGUACUGAAGACUAAGUACAUAUUCAACAAGCUUAAUUACUAAUAAAUCAUUUUUUAAAAUUAGUGUUUAACAAGACCAUGAUAAUCUUAUAUAAUGGGUCAUGUUCACACACUGGCUUUACAGUGGAUUCCCUAUGGGUUGUAUUGUGUAGUGAAACACUAAUAUGCUGUCCCCCCCCCCCCCCAACAGCCUUUAAAUAAUUAUAGCUAAAUAGUUCUAUAAAUCUUACCCAUAGUGCACUUCAGUUAGCUACAUAGGUCUCAAAUGUGCAGCUGUAGCUAACAUGUAUUUUCAUUUUAAAACAGACAGAUGGUACAGUAAGUACUAUAGUAGGUUAACAAAAGUUUCAAAUUGGCUUGCUUUGCCUUCUAAGAAGUUUGCAACUCCUUCACCUCAGCAGUGUCUUCUGGGUCAAAGUAUGUAUGUCAUGAAUGCAUGUCAGUCAAUAGGGGAAGCAGCUGAUGAAUUAUUGAAAGAAAGAAAAAAACAGUGAAAGGGUAGGGACAGUUUUACCAUUCAGAUGUGAUGACCCAGAAAGUGCAAGGCUGUCUUUCUAAAAGCAUGGCUUGCAAGAUAUUUAUUUAUUUGUGUACAACCAGACUUCCUGUGUCAAAGUAACAAACCGUGUUUACUGAAGCAUGUCUUUCUUCCAAAGUGGCACAUUUGAGACCAAAGAUAUUCAUGAUGUAGAAAAUGUAUGGAACUAUUUUGUUAGCUACAAUUACUUUGAGAGUCUUUAGGUUAAAAACUUUUUUUUUUUUGCUGAAAUAGUGAGUGUGGCAAGUAAUGUUCCAAGCUGAAACAAUAAUAGAGGAUCGUAUAUGAAACAAAACAUAAUACUAAUAGGAUAAGAAAAAAAUAACUUGUAAAUAUUGUGAAAAUAUAGAUGAUAUCCCUUUAACCCACACAUAAUUUAAAGACAGUUUAAUAUCUGUGUGAAUAAUUAAACAGUGUCUUGAAACAAAACUCAUGAGUUAAAGAUUUUUUUAUUCAGGCACAUCGUCUUACUGUAUCUUUACAAUAACAUUACUGAAUAUUUGCGCAAGAAAAUCUUACAUUUUAAAUUUGCUGUUGGAAAUUGCUCUCCUUGUGCUAUAUAAUAGUAAAGCAAGGCCUGUUGCUUUUCAAUACGUGAAUUUUAACAUACCAUUAUUGUCAGAAUAAAACUAAACAAAGUGAUGUUAUGUACAUAUUUGUGUGUGUGUUUGUUGUGGGUAUGGUUUCCUUUCUCAUAUGUUUAGUUUCUCAGAAGGAGAUACAGCUUACAGCUUUUCUUUUGCUUUCAAUUCAGUACACAUCCUGUCUCCUUGAAAUAUGAUACAAGUCUGCAGCUAUUGAAGCAUAUUUAAACAAAAAUGACAGGUUUCCAAGAUUGAUACCUUGUGCUGUAAGCUACAGUAACAGAUCUGUUUACUGUUCAAAUGUUUCAUGCUUUUCAGGUCCAAACAAUGAACUAUGUAGGACAGCUGGCCGGGCAGGUCCUGGUUACAGUGAAGGAACUGUACAAAGGAAUCAACCAAGCCACCCUCUCGGGCUGCAUUGAUGUCAUAGUGGUACGACAGGAAGAUGGGACCUAUCAGUGCUCACCAUUUCACGUACGAUUUGGAAAGCUGGGGGUGCUGCGCUCCAAAGAAAAAGUGAUCGACAUAGAGAUUAAUGGGGAGCCAGUGGAACUUCACAUGAAACUGGGGGACAAUGGAGAGGCUUUCUUUGUACAAGAAACUGAAGAGAAAAAUGAGAUUGUUCCUGCCCACCUGGCUACUUCACCUAUUCCUACAGAGGUCCAGAUGUUCUGGAAUCUCGACUCCAGCGAGCUCAAGGGAGUGGAGGACAGAGCAGCACCGUGUCCUGUGGCAGCAGAUCCCGAGAGUGUGGCGCACAGCAUGGGCUCGGUGAAGAAGAAAAAGCGAAGGAGAAAGAAGCAUAAAGCAGACAGCAGGAAAGAGGAGCAGCUGCCAUGUCCUGGGAGUGAAAUGGAUAUGAGCUCUGAUGAGGAACAAGCGGUACAUGCUACAAGGAGUUCUUCCUUUACUCCUGUAAAAGAUGAUGAGUAUAAGCAGCCACUGAUCCUGCACACCCGGGAUCAUUACCCUUUUUCUGAUGGAGAUUGGUCCCCCUCUGACAACAUGGCUAUGUCCCAGCCGUUUUCUCCUAAGAGUGACUCUGAGUUGAUGGUGAAGCCUUCAGAGAGCCUGCUGAGAACAGAGUCCCACAUGCAGUGGACAUGGGGAGAGUUUCCUGAAUCCACAAGGGUCAGUAAAAAGGAAAAAGCUGAGCCUUUGAAAACCGUUACUAUCACUCCUUCAGAAAACACACACUUCCGCGUCAUCCUUAGCUCUGAUGCCAUGCAAGAUGAGAUGGAUGACCAGAUGACAGUUGUGGACACUGUUUGUACAAUAGUAAAGCCAGAGCCCAGAACCCAUACAGGCAGUGUCCAGCAGAAGACUUCUGAUGACCCUUCUGUGACUACUGCUACAAUGACAGUGACUGUGCCUGAUGAUUCUACAGAUUCUGCUGCUACUUUUCACAAGCCUGUGGAUCUAGUGGAUGGCAUUUCAGAGAUUAAGCCAAGUUCAAAAACGGACUCCCCUUCCAAAAAGAAAGGUUUGCGUAAGAGAAGCCAACACCAGGGUCCUGAAGACAUCUAUUUGGAUGAUCUGAAUGUACUGGAGCCAGACGUUGCUGCACGUUACUUCCCUAAAAGUGAAUCAGACCCUGGUCCCAAGCACUGGAUGGAGUCAGACACACACUCUGGCUGUCAGUCUCCACAGUCAGUAGAAAGUGCCGCUGCAGACAGUGGUACUGAGUGUCUGUCGGAUUCUGCCACUGACAUGCCAGAUGUCACUCUGUCUCUUUGUGGAGGACUUGGUGAAAACUCAGAGAUUUCUAAAGAAAAAUUCCUGGAACAUAUCAUAACUUAUCAAGAAUUUGCUGAAAAUCCAGGCCUUAUUGACAACCCGAAUUUAGUCGUAAGGAUAGCAAAUAGAUAUUACAAUUGGACGCUGGCAGCUCCCAUGAUACUGAGCCUACAGACUUUUCAGAAGAGCCUACCUAAGACCACAGUGGAGGCCUGGGUACAAGAAAAGAUGCCAAAGAAGUCUGGACGGUGGUGGUUCUGGCGCAAGAGGGCUGACAGCACUGCCAAACAGCAGACAGAGACCAAACUUGAGACCCAAGAGUCACUGAGUGGCAGUGAUCCUCCUCACUGCCAGGAUCAUACCAGUAUGAGGUCAAAGGAAGGGGACUCUUCUAGCAAUGAGGAGUCAAACGAGAUUAACAAAUCGGCUCACAAGGAUAUCAUUCAAACUGAAAAUCUCUGCCAAGGAAAUACUACCUCUUAUAAGAAGUCACUUCGGCUGUCUUCAGAUCAAAUUGCAAGUUUGAAGUUGAAAGAAGGUCCAAAUGAUGUUAUGUUCAGCAUCACAACCCAAUAUCAAGGCACAUGUCGGUGUGAAGGAACCAUCUACCUCUGGAACUGGGAUGACAAGGUCAUUAUUUCUGACAUUGAUGGAACAAUUACCAAAUCUGAUGCUCUUGGGCAGAUUCUCCCCCAGCUUGGCAAGGACUGGACACAUCAAGGCAUUGCUAAGCUGUACCAUUCAGUACACGAGAAUGGCUACAAGUUCUUGUAUUGUUCAGCUCGAGCCAUUGGAAUGGCUGAUAUGACCAGAGGUUAUCUGCACUGGGUCAAUGACAGAGGGACAAUUCUUCCUCGUGGUCCACUUAUGCUGUCCCCAAGCAGCCUGUUCUCUGCAUUUCAUAGGGAGGUUAUCGAGAAGAAACCUGAGACGUUUAAGAUCGAAUGCCUUACUGAUAUCAAGAAUUUAUUUCAACUUAAUAAACAUCCAUUCUACGCCGCAUUUGGGAACAGACCUAAUGAUGUUUUUGCUUAUAAGCAAGUGGGAGUCCCAGUCUGUAGAAUUUUUACAGUGAAUCCAAAAGGUGAAUUAAUACAAGAACAAACUAAAGGAAACAAGUCCUCGUACAGUAGACUGAGUGUGCUGGUUGAACACGUUUUCCCGUUGCUAAACAAAGAACAGAGCUCGGCUUUUACUUUCCCCGAAUUCAGCUCUUUCUGCUACUGGAGGGAACCAAUUCUGGAGGUUAACAUGGAAGACUUGGCCUAAGUAUGACAUGCUAUUACUGAAGUUGGUGGAUGAAAUGAAUAUUCUCUUACCAAGGAUUAUUUCAGCCGAUUUGCGGUAGGAAAGUUAGAUCCUGUAUUUAAUAAGCAGUGAUGGUCAUAAAGGUCUUCUCACAAAUUAAUAAAGACAGAAAGAAUAGCGGGUGUCAGUAAAUAAAACCUUUUUUUUUUUUUUUCUUUAGUACUGAUUUAAAAUGUUUUUUUCAAUCCACUAAUUAUUACAUGCUGGUAAUAUCUGUUUUCAUUUUGAACUACACAAUGACAAAAAACUAGUAAACAGUGUAACGGUAUCUAUCACCUAAAAUUUCUUAAAAAAUGUUCUUAAUGUAAUGCACAGCCAGCAAAUUGUCAUCAGAAAGAACUAAAUUUGAGGAUUCUCCAUUACCACACUAUGUAAAAUGGAUAUUCACAGCACAUUUAAAUAAGCUAAAUAGGGUUAAGAAUAUACAGUAAAACUGUGUAGUAGUAUCAGGUAGGGAAUACUAGCUUGAGAUAGUUUUGUUAUUUUGCCCCGCUGUAGUGGAAAUGGGCCACAAUGAAGAAAAGUACUUUUGUAAAAGUUAAUUCAUAUUUACUUUCCAUCCCUAUAAAAAAAAAAAAAAAAAAAAAAAUUCAAUUUCACGAUUAAGCUUGGCUGCCUUACAUAUUGAGCCAACUUGAGUCUGCACUUACUAAUUAUUUCUCACAAUAAAGCACAGUCAUUGUAUUUGUAAUCAACAACUUGGACACACUAAGUCCAGAGUGUACAUCAUUUAGUAAUUGUUAUAAGACUUUCCUAUAAACUAUCUAUAUCACUUCUUGUACAGUAUACGCUGUAUUUGUGUAUCUGCUUGUCAGUGUUUCAUGUCAUUUAAAUAUGAAGAACUUUGUGUCGGGGCACUGCAAAGUGAACUUGUUCUUUCUAUGAAAGUAAUAUUCAUGUGUGAUGACAACACACCACUCUUAUUUACUAUGUCUCUAAAGUUUAAUAAUAGUAAAAUAAUAUACAGUAAAGCACUUUUGAGAUUACUUUGGUUGUGCAAUUGUUAUACUUUGAUGUAUUAUCUUCAGUUAUUAUUAAAUGCCUUUUGUUUAAUUACUUUUAUUUUCUUACAAGAAAAGAGGUUUCUAUGUUUUUCUUUUCAAUGUAACGUUUAGUGCUUGAUAGCUUUGUAUUGCAGUGUUUACGAUGUAAGCCGGGGGUGCAAAAUUAAAAAGUUAACAAAA